GAAGAAAGAAGACGUGAUUGGUAUGGUGGAGUGGAGCACAGCCACGGUAGAAAGCCCAGAGAAAAGAGACUCAACUGAGAUCUCAGAUGAGACACUGAGUUUCUGGAGGGGUAUCACUGAGGUGGGGCUGAUGGGGGAGGUGGUGUCCAAUAUCCACUCAGAGCUGUUGAGUCUGCUGAGAGGAGUUCAGCUACGCACCGAUCAGAGCUCUCUACAGGACGCAGAGAUUGCGGUUCUGAGUAACCUGGCACAAGUCUUUGACCUGCUGGACUCCAUCAAACAAAUUCUGAACGUUCGGCGGCAAAUGACGGACCCGGAGCAGACGCAGGUCCUCAGAACACUGACGAGUGAGUCAAGAGACCGUAGGGACGUUUUCAGACCAGAACUUUUGAGCACGCUGAAACGUUUUCCAAACUCAGUCAAAACACACUCACUCAAACACAAGUGUCAUCUCACACAAGUUACAUGUUUGUAUGGUAAUACACUUUUCUGAACCUAAAUUAUAUCACAAAUUCCCAUCAUUCACAUUCACAGGUUUUCUAAAAGUGUUUCUAAAACUAAUGGCACAAUUGAAAUCAUUUUGUGAAAGAUUCUACUGUAGUUCCUACUAUACAUUCUAAUUGGAUGAGCUGCAUAUACACAUUUGGAAUAGCAGAGGAACACUUUAUUUUGAG